ACCGCCAUGACACCCUACAGAAGAAGAAGAUGAACUAGCAUCACUUGUCUCACAUGCUAGCUGAUACUGUAAACCGUUAUUAACCAACAAAAUGAUGCGUCCUUCGUUCAACCCACCUUUCAUUAAACCCAGAGCAGCUGCUCCAGUGUACAAACAACAACAACAACAACAACAGCCUCCUGGAAGGAUACCCCAUGACUUCAGAGAGGCUAUGAUACAUAUUCCAAUGAAGCUAGCAGCUAACAAGUCAAACAUCAGGACACCUGACUUGGCAGCUCCGACACACAAAAAACAGAAACCUGCAGGGAAAUCCCCUGCUAGUAAAUGGAAGUCUUCAUUCAAACCAUUAGGAGACCAAGAUGACUCUCUGGAAAUGAGCCCUGGCAGUUCAGAAAGGCCUGAGAUUUAUGAUCCUUACGACCCUGUCUCGACAGACUCUGACGAAGAGACGCUACAGUCACAAAACCAUAGUCAAUCCCCACCUGAUCAUGAUAACAGCCUGGAACGUGAACGUUUGUCUCCAGGUAGAGGCUCCAGUAAAAAACGCUGCUGGGGCACAAACUACUCUGAGUCAGUGAGCAAACCCCUCGGCAGACGUGACUUUAGCCCUGAAUCCAGACACACCGAGAGGCGGAGUCUCAGUCCAGGUCAUAGACUGCCUGAACAACGUGCUUAUAGCCCCAACAAUGAAUCACUUGACAUACCAGUUCUCAAACACAGGGACUGUAGCCCUGACAGGCAUAUUCCUGGCUCCUCCACCCAACGGUUUCCUGCAUCUUAUGGAGGACAGAGGACCAACGGAGAGGAGAGGAUAAUCCCUGAAUACUGGAGAGAGAUGGCCACUACUGUUAGAUUAUCCCCACCCAGGCGGGACUAUCAGCGUCCAUUGGAAUACGUGGGAACAGGACUGGACCAAAUCACACCGUCCACAGAGGGGCCAAGAAACAGGAGCAUGAAUAUAAUAAUGAACAAGAGCCCAAUCGCCUGUGACCUUUGUGACGUAGAGUUAGCCAACGGUCGGGAGCUGGAGGAUCACCUGGAGAGCAAGAUUCACUGGGACACGCUGGAGUACAUCCAGCAGCACAACGAUUAUGAUGAUCUGACUAUAGCCUUCCUACAGGAAGUCAUGCUGUAUAAAAGCCAUCAGUGCAGCCGAGCUAUAGAGGACAGUGCACUUAAAGCUCUGCAGGAAAAUGACCACAUGACAAAGAUCGAAAUGUUCCACUGUGCGGCUUGCAGUGUCUUCGUACCCACAUCUGCAUCAUCGGUGCAGACUCACAUUACCUCUCAGGAGCACCUCUCCAACACAAAGGAGUUUCAGGUGCGGCAGAGACACUCUUGCCUCGACAAAGCAGACACCAUGAUGAAGAUGCUGAAACCUCAGUUUGAACACUUCCUGAAGGGUGGCAGCCCGUUUGAAUGAUGAAGUCACUGAAAGUCUCCAAAAAUACUGUUUACACUGAGACGCUGUUUGCUGCAGAUGAAGAACUAUGGACUUAAGCCGCAAUCACAACCACACGUUAAUGCUGUGGCAACACUAAUGUACAGGAUAUUGCCAAGAGAACAUACUGUUUGUGUCAUUCAGGAUUUGUCUGAAUAAACAGAAGCAUCUUGAAUCAA